AGCCUUCUGGUGUUUCACCCGCCCUUCCCGUCUCUGUGCUCCCCCUUCCAGUUCUAGAAUAGAAGAGGCGAGGAAGAGGGAUCCGCUCACCGCCUAAAACCCUAACUCCCUCGAUCUCCUCCUCUUCCAUGGCCUCUAGAAUUCUCGCCUCCAGCCUUCGAUCCCGCCUAUCCCCUUUCCUCCGCGCCGCUGCCCUUCACCCCCACCCCUCCCCGCAGCCGCUACUGCGGCCCGACGCCCUCCUCCGCCACCUCUCCACCGCCGCCGCCAGGCGCCACCCCUACCGGCCGCGCAUCGACGUCGGCGCCCGCGCUCGGCAGCUCCAGAACCGGCGCCUCUGGACCUACGGCCUCACCUUUAGCUGCGUUGCCGGAUUCGUCGUCAUUGUCCUCAGCAACUUCCAGGACCAGCUCGUAUUCUACGUCACCCCCACCGACGCCCUCACCAAGUUCGCCGCCAACCCCUCCAAGAACCGUUUCCGCCUCGGCGGCCUCGUCCUCGAGGGCAGUGUUGCCCACCCCUCCGCCACCUCCCCCGAGAUUGAGUUCGUCGUAACCGACCUCGUCACCGACAUCCUCGUAUGCUACGAGGGCUCCCUCCCGGACCUCUUUCGUGAGGGCCACUCCGCUGUCGUCGAGGGCUUCAUAAAGCCCAUCGCGGCAGCGGAGGACGCCCAUCGGCUGGCGACAAACGGGCCGAAGGUGUCGGAGAAGGCGAGGAGUGGGGAGUUCUUCUUCAAGGCGACCGAGGUGCUGGCGAAGCACGACGAGAAGUACAUGCCCAAGGAGGUGGCCGAGGCGCUCGAGCGGAAUAAGAAAAAGAUUGAAGCUGAGGCGGAAGCUGUUGCAAUUGAGAAGAGGAGUUGAGAAAUAACGAUUCUGAUCCAGUUGUUCAUGCAAAAUAUUGAAUAUGAGGUACUUAGAGGAGAUUAAGAAUAUGGAUCAAAGACGGUGAUAAAACCCAUUUUUUUACGGAAUGGCAAAUGGGAGAAAAAGAACCAGUGGUGAAAAAGGACUAGCCUGAAAUGGACAUGGGGUGUGUCCUUAUUUGAGAUUUUGAUUGCAUUUAUAGUUUCACAUAGAAGUAAGAAGAGUUGAUGAAGAAUUGUAAGGGGUCAGCCAUUUGAUGUGGUAUGUGAACUAUAGUUUGAAAAGGUACGGCACCUGAGCAGUUUCCUUGUAUUUGUAUUUCAAAAGUUCUAGCAUGUCAUGAGUUGAUAUUAUGAGAUUAUAUAAAUUUUUAUCAUUCAUAGAAGAAAAAUUCUUAUGGAUAUAUGCUAUGUCUAUUGCUUUAUCUCAAUAAAGAUGAAAUGCUGCAUCUUAUGUAUAAAGUGAGGAACUUGAUUGAGGAACUUUUGAGUAGGCUUAAGAGGUAUGAAAGUUGUAGGUCAUCUUGAUAGGGAGAGGUUCAGCAAUUUUCUUUAAAAGAAAAACUGAACCUGUCUGCAAAAAAUUGACCUUGAUAAAUCCUAUGGUAAUAUGAACAUGGAGUACAUGAGGUUUGUUAUUAUAAAAAGCAUUGCGCAGUGCUGUGAAUUAAAUGGAGGAAUACAUUUUCUGUGAAAUGUAUGUUAUUUGUAUUUCCUUUGGGCCCUUAGGUCCUGUUUAGUGGGGAAUAGGUUUGGGGGUGUUUGAGGAGGUUCUAAAAAAGAGGGCUAAAGCUAAGUAACCACAUUUGUCCUUUCUGGCACCGGCAAUUUAUUUCUGUCCAACCUUAUUGUAGAUAGUGUCAGAAUUUAAACAAUUAUUUUUUAAAACUUUUCCAGAUUUUAUUUGAAAGCCUAAAAACAUUCACAACAUGCAUGUGGCCCUGCUUGGUGGGAAUUUUAUUUUCUAUUUCUUUUUAAUUAUCUUUAUACGUGUGAAGAAUGUGAAGAUUGAUGCUGGGCCUUAUAUGCAUAAAGAACAUGGAGGCAGAAUGUUGGGAUUGUUGAAUGUGUAUGGGAAGUCUGGUAGAGAGAUAUCUGAAGUCUUCCCAUCAUACAUAGUUCCAUUGUUGGACUCAGCAAGGUGUUGUAUAUGAGGGCAUCUGAGAAAAGGUUGAGAUCAUUGGAAAAAGCUUUCUUCCCCCUUCCAUAUGCUAUCUGUUUUCUUUUACCUUUUCUCAUUAUUUUGUCUAUGCAGCAGAAAGAUUCUAUUGAUUCAUCUACUUUCCUGUGAUCUUGGGUUAUUGUACUUUGGAGCCAUUGCCUGCAGGUAGCACCUGCACAUGGGGACGUGUCUAUUAUUUUAGUGCAGCAAUUUAACACUCAAUUCCAAGCCACAAUUGUUCCCUAACUUUUCAAAUUUUAUUUUUGUAUGCUAUUUUUGUUGUGUGUGUGUGUAUGUGCGCGCGCGCGCGCGUGUGUGCGUGCGCGCACGAGUUUGGAUUUCCAGCACUGAUUUCCAUGAUAUAAUUACCCAAAAAAACUUUUCUUAGAAACUCUGUUUUAUCUCUCGAAAAUAGAGGAGGCCAAAAGGGUAUUUGACCAGGUAAAAUGGAAUAAACUGGAAAAGUAGGUUAUUGUCCCACUUGUCUCAUUUUGUCCUUGAUUUUUUAGUUUCUGGGUGAUAAUGGGGAAACUUUGCUAUUUAUCCAUCUUCUAUUUAAAGUUGAGAAAUCAAGAGCGCAUGACUUUAAUGGUGGAAAGCUGUGUCAAGGUACUG